CAGCCAGGGGGCAACAGGGCGACAGGGCGUUUGAACAGCGGCCAGCCAGAGGCCAGCCAGAGGCCCAGAGGCAAGGGCCGCGGCGGGCCAUCCUGGACAGGGCGACGGGGACGGCCAGAGGGCCCCGGAAAUGCACUCCAGGACCUGGACGCCGUGGCGCCCUCGUUGCUUAAGUUGACUGCGGACACCGCGGAGUGUUGGCACACCACCACCAUGCGUCUCUUGAACGGCUCCUCCAGCGCCGAGGCAGGGCUGCUUGCCUUCCUGCCCGAGCCCAUGGCCAGGACGGACACGGGAGGCAAGCAGAUGCUGGGAUGGAACCACCCGCCGGAGCACAUGGGCAUGGUGCACGAGCACUGGAGGCAGUACGAGGCCAUGAGCAUCUACUGGCAUCUCGGACUCGCCAUGGUCUACACCUUCCUCAUGUUCAGCUCACUCAUCGGCAACGGGCUCGUGGCGUACGCCUUCUUCACGUGCAAGGCCCUGCGCACGCCGUCCAACAUCCUGAUCGUGAACCAGGUGGGCAUGGACAUGAUGAUGUUCGUCAACAUCCCGUGGCUCAUCGUCAACUCCGUGGCGGGCCACAUCGUGGGCUGGGAGACGGGCUGCGACGUGUACGCCUUCUUCGGCGCGGUGGGCGGCAUGGGCUCGGCCAUGAACAACGCCAUCAUCGCCUUCGACAGAUACAGGACGAUCGCGUUCCCCAUCGACGGCAGGAUGUCCGGCAAGCAGACCACGGCCCUGGCCAUCUUCGCCUGGCUCUGGGCCCUGCCGUUCUCCAUCCUGCCGAUGGUGCAGGUCCUGGGCGGCAAAUUCGUCCCAGAGGGCUUCCUCACGUCCUGCUCCUUCGACUUCCUCACGGACGGCGACGAGACGCGUUUCUUCAUGGCCACCAUCUUCACGUGGGCCUACGCCAUCCCCGUCACGCUCAUCUCCAUCUUCUACUCCAAGCUGUUCGGCAAGGUGCGCGAGCACUCGGCCAUGCUGGCGGCGCAGGCCAAGAAGAUGAACAUGAAGAGCCUGCAGAGCAACGCGGACGCCGACAAGGAGUCUGCCGAGAUCAAGAUCGCCAAGAUCGCCUUCACCAUCUUCUUCCUCUUCAUCGUGGCCUGGACGCCCUACGCCGUGGUGGCGUUCGUCGGCGCCUUUGGGGACCGAUCGCUGUUGAGCCCCGUGACCACCAUGCUGCCCGCCAUCGCCGCCAAGGUGGUGUCCUGCAUCGACCCUUGGAUCUACGCGCUCAACCACCCCCGAUUCAGGGCGGAGAUCGAGAAGAUGGUGCCGUGCCUCAAGGGGCAACCGAAGAAGCCCAAAUCCGAUGCGGCCAGCGACAGCAAGUCCGUGGCCACGGAGGCGACGGGAGACGCCUCGUAGGGCCCCGCCGCCCCGCCGCGGCUCCGGUGGC